UUUUUUACCCCUGCAUGAUGUCAGCAGUCCAGUGGGUGGCGCAGUGCACCACACGAGCUGGUUUGCCAACCGCCAAUUAACACACGAAGAAGACACAAGGCAGGAGCAGAAGGAAGACGACGCAGCAGUGGAGUGGACGCGCGGCGGGUCCGUCGAGAGCAUGGAUUCCCCCGACAGACUGGAAAUCUACAUCCCAGUGGAGGCUGAGGUCAAAUGCAUCCCUCUGUGGAGCUUACCAGCCUCAGUGCUCAAAAGAAUGGGCCUCUCCGCCUGUGACUCUGAGGGCUCCAAGACGCUGGCGAGCUCCCCAGAGGGCAUAUGGAUCAGUCCGGCAGUUAUACGGAGGAAAGGGCAGAAACUGGCCCCCCACACGGGAAGGACCACCAAGGAGAAUCUGUCUCUGCGCCUGAGCAGAGUGUUCCAGGCUGCGCCGGGGCCCCUCCGGAUGUCUUUUGUCUCCUCCAACAGCGUCGCUUACGACGUGCUGAGGGACAUAAAGCCCAGCGCAACGCGCCGGUCUCAUGCGUCCGCGUUGCCCCAGGGUUCGCCGCCGCAGACUUACGGAACUGGCAUUGUGGUCUACAAAGGAUGCAUUUACCUGUCCAUCAGGAAGUCAAGUCAGAUUCAACCAGAGACGCCCGGUUCCUCUACUCCCUCAUCGUCGUCGAAGAGACAGAAGAAGGUGCUGCUAAAGGACAACAGGCACAAGAAGAAACACGCCAAAGGUGAGGCGAGGGAAGCGUCCUCGUCCAGGGCUGCACGCUCGGCCCCUCUGUCCUCUGACGAGGUGCUGGAGGUGGACGGCCCCCGUCACAGGGGAGGCCCGCAGCCGCAGGCGGCGGAGGAAGCUGCAGCCCCUGGGCCGGCCUGGGCACCGGAAGACACCGAAGACAGCGGUGAAUGUGAGAUGCAGCGCCUGGACAGCAACGAAACGGAGGUCACCAGUCAGCGCGGUGCCACAGUGCCUCUGGGUGCAGCCUGUGCCUCCACAUCCCUGGUGAAGGAGUGUGACUUUGAUGAGUUGGUAAACCAGGAGAGGAUCACUCAGAUGAAGGCCAGACUCAAACAGCAGGAAGCUGCUCUCAACUGCCUGCCUUCCUCACAGUAACUGCUCCGUCCGACUCAAACAGCGCUGAUGAGGCUUCAAGUCCACAAAAAUCCAACUCACGGGUUACCUGACAACUUGUUGGUUGACGGCGACCCCCCCCCGGCAUCAUUACUGUAAUCUGAUUAUUCGUGAACCAGUUCUUUAAUAAACCCUAUUUUCACCAAG